CGUGUACACACACGCCACUAUAACGCCGUCGCCGCCGAUCAGUGUGUGUCUCGAGGGCUAUGCCGUGACAUGAACACCGGCGAAUCGUACAAGGUGCUCGUGCUGGGCGACUCGAACGUCGGCAAAACAUGUCUGAUGCACAGGUUCUGCGACGAGACGUAUUACGACACGUACAUAUCGACCAUAGGAGUCGAUUACAAACAGAAGAUAAUUCAAUUGGACGAAAAGCCGGUAAAGUUACAAAUAUGGGACACUGCCGGGCAAGAGCGUUUCCGAACACUGACUACGGCCUACUAUCGAGGCGCAAUGGGCAUAUUACUUGUUUAUGACGUCACGAAUUUGGAUUCAUUCGACCAUUUGACGUACUGGUUGAAGAAUAUUCAAGAGAACGCUUCGCCGGAUGUUAUUAAAGUUUUGGCAGGUAACAAAUGUGACAACGAGACAGUAAGAGCCGUGGACAAAGCAGACGGUGAAAAAAUAGCGGAAUGCUACGAUAUGCCGUUUUUCGAAGUCUCGUGUAAAAUGGACGUCAAUGUGGAAGAAGCGUUUCAGGCAUUGGCUAAAAUGAUCAAAGAACGUUCCAAAUACUCGGGAGCGUUCGGGCUAAGAGACGAAACACCGAGGGAAAAAUGUUCACCACUUUUCGAAAAAGCUUUUGCCGAAUCCACACGGAAGUGCAGUUCCUGUUAAUGUCCAUAAAUUUAAUAAUAAUAAUAAUCAUAAAAGUUUAGCUGUUUUUAAUUUCAUGAAAAAUCCUAAAGCCUAUUAUAAUAAUACACGUGUUGGCUUAUAUCGCGCCUAUCUGACGUCGAGAAAUUAAACUAACAUACUUUAACGACGGAACAUAAAUGUGGUUAAUUAUUAGUGAUUACUAUAAUACAAAUAGUAAAUACAUAAUAUAAUACGCAUAAUAUUAUAACGUUAUUACAGUAUUGAAAUAAAUAUACUUAAAUAAUACGUAA